CUUUAUUUUUUUUUUUUUAUCGGCAAAUAAAUUCACAUCCUGAACUCACCACUCUCAAAUUGGUUACUUUUUUUCUUCUCUGGAAAUGGAAGCAUCAGUUGCUAUGGCUGCUGCAGCAUGGGUUGUUGGUGUUGCCAUCCUGAUUUGGGCUAUGAACUUUGUGAAUUGGGUUUGGCUAAGACCCAAGAAGCUAGAGAGAGACCUGAGACAACAAGGUUUUUCCGGCAACUCUUACCGCUUUCUCUACGGAGACAUGAAGGAGAACGCAAUGAUGAUCAAAGAAGCAAAAUCCAGACCCAUCAAUCUCACCGACGAUAUACUGCCUCGGGUUAUCCCCUUCGUUUAUCAUACCGUUAAAAAAUACGGGAAGAACUCGUUCAUGUGGUUCGGCCCAAUACCGAGAGUGAUCAUAAUGAACCCAGAACAUAUAAGGGAGAUAUUUACAAAAAUCUAUGACUUCCAAAAGCCCAACUUAAAUCCACUAGCCAGGUUACUAGUAAAUGGACUAGCAAGCCAUAAUGGCGAUAAAUGGGCUAAACACAGAAGGCUUCUCAACCCAGCAUUCCAUCAAGAGAAAUUGAAGCACAUGCUACCUGCAUUUUAUCAAAGUUGCAAUGAAAUGAUUGUCAAGUGGGAGAAACUGGUAUCCCAAGAGGGAUCCAGCGAGUUAGAUGUUUGGCCUCAUCUUUCUGGUUUGACAAGUGAUGCUAUUUCCCGAACGGCAUUCGGAAGUAGCUAUGAGGAAGGAAAAAAAAUUUUCCAACUACAAGAUGAGCUAGCACAAUUGAUAAUACAAGGAAUACAGUCAAUUUACAUUCCAGGAUUGAGGUUUCUUCCAACUAAGAGAAACAAGAGGAUAAAGGAAGCUGAAAGACAAAUACGAGCCUCACUCAAAGGUAUAAUUGACAAGAGAUUGAAUGCAAUGAAAGAUGGUAAGGCUGCUAAUGAUGAUCUACUAGGCAUACUUUUAGAGUCAAAUUUAAGUGAAAUUAAAGGGCUUGGUGGAGAUGUCGGAAUGACCAUGGACGAUGUGAUUGAAGAGUGUAAAUUGUUCUACUUUGCUGGACAAGAGACCACCUCGGUUUUACUUGAAUGGACAAUGGUUUUAUUGUCACAAUAUCCAGACUGGCAAGUUCGUGCAAGAGAAGAAGUUUUAGCUGUGUUUGGUGACAACGAACCAAAUUUUGAUGGCUUGAAUCACCUAAAAAUUGUAGCAAUGAUUUUGUAUGAGGUUCUUAGAUUGUAUCCACCUGCGCUUAAUCUUUCUCGGACUAUUCACAAAGAAACAAAGCUUGGAAACUUGACACUACGAGCCGGGGUUGAGGUGGUAUUGCCAACAGCUCUUGUACACCAUGAUCCUGAACUUUGGGGAGAUGAUGUCAAGGAGUUCAAGCCAGAAAGGUUUGCCGAAGGAAUUUCCAAAGUAACGAAGAAUCAGCUCUCAUAUUUCCCCUUUGCAUGGGGUUCUAGGAUAUGCAUUGGGCAGAAUUUCGCUUUGAUUGAGGUAAAAAUGGCUAUGGCGAUGAUACUAAAACGCUUCUGGUUUGAGCUUUCACCAUCUUAUGCACAUGCUCCUUUCCCUGUCGUCACUCUUCGCGCUCAGCAUGGUGUUCAUGUGAUAUUGCAUAAACUCUAGAUUGAAAACUUUGCUUUAAUGGUUCUCAUCAAAUUGGUUUGAUGAAAUACGGUGCUAUAAGAAUUAUACUUAUAUAAUACUUUUAGCACCAUAUACUCGUAGCACUAUGUUGGUACUGAAAAAAAUAAAGACGUCUUAGCAAUUUCAAUAAUACUGGCAUUUGAAC